GUUACCGAAAGAUUUCCCCAGAUUUCGGACCCGGAUUAUCUGAUGAUCCAUAAUGAUCCGAAUCAGUCAAGUAAUCUUUGUCAAUCAUUCAAUUUUAUGUCAACAGACAAAUCUCAAACCUCAUAAUGAAUUCCAUACCACGGAUAUCAAGGGCUCUAGGUAGUAAAAAUGCCAAAUGGAUAUGUACAGGAUGUGCAAAGUCAAAACGAAUAAAUACGCCAUUCUUCAAACCCUCCAAUAACAGAAAUCUUUCCAAUAAUUCAAAACCUCGAGGAAAUGUAGCGCCGACCAUGGAACAAUUGAGAGCCCCAUUCUCGCAAAGGAAUAGCUCAACCAUGUACUACACACUCAGUAUCAUUCUAGGAACUGUGGCUUUCUCAUAUGGUUCUGUGCCGAUGUAUAAAAUGGUAUAUUUCCUUUCCUUCUACGCCACUUCACUACUCCAGCUAAUAUAUAUAUCUAUAGAUCUGCCAAACUACAGGGUGGGGUGGGCAACCGAUCAAAGCUCCCGGACACGGCGGUAGUGGUGUGGAGGGAGAAGAUCCCUCCGAACGUCUCAGACCCGUCACUUCCGCAAAACGUAUACGAGUAACCUUCAAUGGAUCCGUGUCGGACGUUUUACCUUGGAAAUUCACACCACAACAGAGAGAGGUUCGAGUUUUACCAGGAGAAACCGCAUUGGCAUUUUAUACGGCUACGAAUAAAUCGGACGAGGAUAUAAUUGGGGUGGCUACCUAUAGUGUGACGCCUGGACAAGUGGCUCCGUAUUUUAGCAAGAUUCAAUGUUUUUGUUUCGAGGAGCAAAGGUUGAAUGCCGGGGAAACGGUGGAUAUGCCUGUGUUUUUUUAUAUUGAUCCGGAUUUUGUUAAUGAUCCAAACAUGAGGGGAAUUGAGCAAGUUACUUUGAGUUAUACGUUCUUUAGUAAGUUCUUCUUUCAGUCAAGGUGCAAUACGUGAGGAGUGUAUUAACCCAUUUAACAGAGGCUAGAUAUGAUAAAAAUGGACAUCUAAAGGCCAUGCCUGUCGGCAUGUAAAGAAUGAUGAGAUGUAUUUUAUAUUUGAUGUAUAUGAUAUUUCUGCAUUGGGCGGCGUUUGGGAAUUCAGAUGAUAUGGACAUGCAGUAGAUUCUGGUUGUUACAUUACUACGGUACAAAGUAUUUGCUGUAGUCUAAGUAGGUAUCCACUCACACCCAACACACACAUCCAAGACAUCCACCAAUCCAAGACAUGCAACACUUUUUGGGAUAGAUCCUUGGCUUUUAUACUGCGACGGUGCAAGUAUCUUCUGUAGUCACAUGAUUAUUCACAUUAUGCUCUUCUGGCCCUACGUCUUCCACUCUAAACUGACCAUUGCUGGCCUCUGCGCUUUUUCCGCUCUC